AUGGAGCCUCUAUUCACCGGCGUUUCCAACAACGCCAAUCACCUCUACACUCUCCUCUCCUGCAUCGGCUUUGCCUCAAGAGCUACUGUCCAGAUCACACCCGAAGGCCUCCGUUUCUCCGUUGAAGAAGGCCGUGUCAUACAAGGCCUUGCUUUCCUCGACAAGUCCCUCUUCACCAGCUACACAUUCAAUGCGACCCCACAAGAUGCCAGCCAAGCAGAAAUAUCCGACACUCAAGAUUCCGACGAGGUGACAUACCCACACUUCAUCGUCUCUCUCUCCGCGCUCCUCGAAACACUCAAAAUCUUUGGUAUAAACGAAGCUCAACAUUCAAAUGCCCGUGACACCAGUCUUCCGCACACCAAUUCAGCUUCAAGUGCAUUCACCGCGCCAGCGCUGUUGAUGGACCGCUCCUGUACCCUCCAAUAUGCAUCCCACGGUGCACCAUUCAGCAUCGCUCUCGCCGAGGCAGGUGUCCAAACAACAUGCGAACUGGUAACAUACGAACCAGAACCCAAUGAAUCUGACAUCCCCCUCCAACGCGAUGCGAUAAUCAUGAAAAUUAUCAUGCGCUCCGCCUGGCUGUACAAUUCUAUUGCAGAACUUGACUCUUCGGCCCCCACUAUCCUCAAAAUAUCUGCGUCCUCCAAGCAGGAACCAUAUUUCGCCCUCUCGGGAGCCGGCGGGCCAUUUAGUGAGUCCACGGUCGAGUUCUCAAUGGACCAACACAAUGAGAUGCUCGGAACGGCCCCGGGACAGACAACGCAGGCAUCACAGGGAGUACACAAAGUGCUAACAGAUGAUGGAAACUCCCGAGCACGCGCAACGAAGUCAAAGCUCGGCCCGACUGCCACAGAGACAUUCAUGGUUUCACCUCCCUCGACUAUUAGUGAGCGUAUCAAGCAGAGUUACCGGUUUGCGCUGGUUCGGAAGGCGGCAAGAGCCAUGUCUGUUGCCAACAAAGUUAGUAUCAGGGGGGACCAGCAGGGCGUAUUGAGUCUGCAGUUCAUGAUUGAGCUGGAUGACGGUCAAACUCCUGCUGGACGCUCUAUCGGAGCUGGAGUCAAGGGUGUUGGACAAGUUUGCUUUGUCGACUUUCGGUUCGUGCCCUUGUUGGAUGAGGAAGACGCUGAGAUGGAUGUUUGA